AUGGUUGUCAAGACCGCGUUUCUGAACGGCGAGCUGGAUGAAGACAUCUACAUGGCGCAACCGGACGGCUACAUCGACGAAGAUCACGAGCAUUUCGUUUGCAAACUGCAGCGGUCACUGUACGGACUAAAACAAUCACCGCGGAUGUGGAACAAGACCAUCGACGAGUUCAUGAUCAAGAUCGGAUUAAAGAAAUGCGAGUCCGAUCACUGCAUUUAUGUUAAGCGAGAUGAGCAGCGCAUGAUCUUCGUGGCACUCUACGUCGAUGAUUUAAUCAUCGCCAGCAGCAGCAACAAGAGCCCUCGUGAAGCCAAAAGCGCACUAAGUGAGAGGUUCGAGAUGACCGACAUGGGGAAGCUCAAGUUCUUUCUUGGAAUUGAGAUUGAGCGGGCCGAAUCAGGAGGGACACUUUCAUUGCGGCAGAGCAAGUUCGCGAAAGAUAUUUUAGAGAAAUUCGGCAUGCUGAAUAGCAAUUCAGUCAGGUCGCCACAAGACCCAGGCCUGAAGUUGACCAAGGCCAUGUGCGAAAGAGGUUGCAAGCAUGAAGAAACGAUGACAAAUUUUCCCUACCGGAACGCCGUAGGAUGCCUCAUGUACCUUAUGGUGGGCACCCACCCGACCUUGCAGCUGCAGUGGGAGUGCUCAGCCAGUUUGCCUCCGAUCCGUGUCCAACACACUGGCAAGCACUCAAGAGGAUUUUUCGGUAUGUAA